AUGAUUCUCAAGUUCGACCCAUUCUCGACCCUCGCCGUCCUUGCCAUUAUUUUGACAGUACAUGCUCAUAAUGAACCAGAAACAGAAGACGAACUCAGGCACUAUCUCGACUCACAACGUUCGAUCUAUCAUUGCUAUCCCGAAAUAUUAAAACAAGUAGAGCAUCGUAAAUCAGCCUUCCUCAAGGCAUCAUCGGCAGCUCAAUUGGUUCAUCAGACCACCCAUAACCCCGCUUCAUCAAGGCUCGAGACGCUCGAAUUUGGCGCUUCCGCUUCUGAGAUCCCAUCCGAUUAUAAUCUUCUUCAUCAUCAAGCUCCUUCAAAUUUGAUAUGCACUCAAAAUCCCAGUCAUUUUUCUGCCAAAAUCAACAAGAUUCGUAACUCAACUUGUGUGCUAUCUCCGAUCGUUCGUGCUGGGCCUUAUUAUCAUCUGGAAGGGCAUCCGAUUAGACAGGACUUGGCCGAAUGGCAAGAAGGAUUACCACUUUCAUUGGAUAUUGGGGUGAUUGACGUCGAGACGUGUCGACCGGUUGAAGGAGCACUAGUUGAUAUCUGGCACGCGAACGCCACCGGAUUCUAUGCUGGCCAUCCAAGCCCAGCAGAGGGUGAUGAAAAUGAGAAACCUCAAGUCGGGGGUGCAAGGGCUGGACUCUUACCUGCUUAUCCGCGGAAGCUGUUUGACGAGCAAUGGCUUAGAGGCGCUUGGCCUACAGAUAAGAAGGGUGUUGCUCGAUUUAAUACCAUCUUUCCCGGUUAUUACACUGGUCGUGCAACACAUAUUCACACGGAGAUUCACAUGGAUUGGGAGGUGACUUCAAACGGAACGUUCACAUCGAAAGAUGUACAAUACAUAGGGCAAUUCUUCUUUGACGAUGAGAUCAACAUGAGUGUAGAUAAGAUGUGGCCCUACACCGAAAACCCAGUGAAGCAUAGAACACGAAAUUGGAGAGACUCCUUGAAAGUGUUCCAAGAGUCAAGAACCAACGGAUUCCAACCGACUCUCGAUGUCAUCAAGAUCGGCUCGGUCAUCAAUCAAGGCUUGGUCGGCUUUAUGACGAUUGGAAUCAAGACGUCUCACCAUUUUGAUCAUCACUAUAACCCUACCAAGUCCGAUUGGGAUUUCUAG